UUCCAGUUAGGAAGAAUUACCUCGUUCGAAAAUACCUACCCAAGGAGGUGACAUAUCUUGUAGCACAUCCCGCUUCCCCCAAGGCACCCAGGCAACCACUGACUUUUCCUGGACCAAAAGAGUUUGCUGAUGGCUGCGAAGAGAUUCUCCCUCAUCACAUUUUGGGAAGUGUCCAGGAGUUUAAGAUGGAAGUCUGGGCCAGAAGAAGCACUCGGAAAGCAGAUGUUAUUGAGGUUCCUCGUCCGGAUGUUACUGCAGCAGCUUUGAAAGAGAAGCAUGGAGGAGAGAAGAAGCAAAAGGCUCCUCAGGCCCAACUAGCAGGGCACAGAGCUCUCCAGAACUGGAGCCAUCAUAUGGCAAUCAGGAAAAAGCAGGAGAAACACCUAGGAGAAAUUCUUCAGAAGCCAGAGAAUGAAUUGAUGAUGAACAUCUCGGAGAAUUACAGGCAAGUCAUGGAAGAAAGGGACCUCAUUGACCGGAGUCUCCCCUACCUCCAUCCUGGAAAGGGAUUCCGAGUAGGAAGCGAGUUCUGGAGCCAGCCCGACCGUAUUGGAGAUGAACUCACCGGCCUGACGCUGACACUGACUCGGACAGAACGUGGGGACCGAGAGCCAAUCACUCAUGUGGGCAAACCCUGCACUGUCCAGAAGGAAACGGCUCUGAAGCCCCCAACGAAGAUUCCUUACCAUCUAACCUGGGAUAAGAGUCUUUUCCUGAAACAUCGGCGGCAGGAGCUGAAAUCUGUCCUGGAGGAGCUGGGUUUUUAUAAGCCGGAUCUGGAAGGACUGGAGCUGAUUGGUAAAGGGCAGCCAUUCACGUCUGUCUCAGCAGAGGCUUCUCCAUGUUCCACUUCUCCAUGUUCCACUCCUUCUGAAGAGACUGACAGUGACUCCUGCGACGUGGCUCCAGAAGAAGAAAAGCAUCUAUCUUUAGUUUUCUGUGGCAAGCCUGCUCGUUGGAUCAAGGGCAUCACUUCUUGCAGGAAUGAAAUUGGUGUUGCUGCCCGGCUCACCUUCGAGACUCUGGCUGGUGAGGAGGCCGAAAGCUUCCUGACGGUGAGCAAUGAUGGCACAGCUGCCAUCUGGUACAGCUGGAUGAGGCUGCCCCAGCAGAUUCCCUCCAGAGAAACCAAGGGGAGGAGGAUGCCAUGUUUUUACUUUGAUACCAGACCAGGUGUAAUUUUGCCUGGAGAAACUCGGAGGUUUUCCUUUCUUUUCAAGUCAAGGAGAGCAGGCAUUUUCAGUGAGCCCUGGGAAUUUAGGACACAUCCUCUGUUAUUAGGAGGAGCUCUGCUGCAGGUGACCCUUUGGGGAAUUGCUGUGUAUGAGGAUAAAUUGGCUGACUUCAGAGAGAAUCUGGAGAGUGACCUGGCUGCUCGAGAAGGUGCUGCUAUAGUCAAAGACAAUCUCAGUGAACUUCUUGACCAAGUUCGGACCCCAGAGCGCACCCCAUCUCCUGCCUAUGCCACUGAGGAAGAGUUGUUCCACAGGAAGAACCCCGGGUUUUAUUAUCAGUAUCAAGUGGUAAAGCAGCUGCACAAACUAUGGAGACAGUACAUGACUGUGCCUUCAGCCUUCGAGGAGAAAGUGCCCUCAGACCAGAGGAGCACUGCAGAGGAGGACACGGAGUACCAGGAGAGCACUGUGGAGCCUCUCCCUGCUCAGAGCAGCACCACGGAGCUCCCAGGUGGGAAGAAAUCACUAGAGGAGGCUCCGAGGCAAAAGAUGAGCAUUGAGGAGGAAGAAGCAGGCCCAUCAGGAUGGAACCUUUCCCUUGAGGACUUUAAACAGGCCAUAAUGUCAAUCCCUGGGGAAGAGCAGCGGGAAGAAGCACUGACCCAGCUCAAUAAGGCAGCUCUGGAGCUGUGUGUUGAACAGAGGCCAGUUCAGUCAGACCUUCUGUAUCCACUCUGCCUCCAGCUGUGGCGGGGAGCAGUUGAUGAUAUGGUGAGUCACGCUCUGAGGCUGAGAUCCCUGUAUGGCUUGCUUAAGAAGGACACCUAUGCAGAUGCUGUUCCAGAGGAAACAGAGGAAGUAAAGCAAGGAGGAGAAAAAAAAGGAGGAAAGGAAGACAAAAUAGCCACUAAGAAAGAAGAGAAAAAGGAUAAAGAACGCAAAAAAAGCAGAGCAACACCAGGGAAAGAGAAAGUGGAACAUCAGGGCAGCAAAAAGCUGAAAGCGAAAGAUGAGAAGCGGACACCUUCCAUUGCAUCAGUGAAGGUGAAAGAGGGAGCAGAGCCCCCAAAAGCAAAAGAUGAGAAGCGGGCAUCUGCUGCUUCAUCACUGAAGGAGAAAGAGGGAGCUGUAACUACAGAGGGAGUAGAACCUCCUCAGGAGCAGGUGGACUCUGUUUCAUUUGGAAUAUACCAGGAAAAACUCUAUAUUGAAGUUUACAAGCUACUGGAUUCAAUGGUGAGUGAAAUGGUGUCUUUAUUUGAGGAUCUAAAGCAAUAACGUGCUCUGCAGUGGGAGAGCUGAAACCCUUUGCAUGUAGAAAUAGCUUUAAAAAAAUAAAUAAAUAACCAUAUUUACACAGA